AUGGAACUUGCAGUAACUGUACUUCUCCAUGCUCUGGGUGUCAAGAAACCGUUACUAAUUGCACAAGCUGUGUUACUGGAUACUAUCUUUCUGGUAAUACCUGCACCCAAUGCACAAAAAUGCUUAUAUCAUUUUUAAGCAAUUUUUUAUUUUUUUAUUAUAAUUUAAAAAAAUAGAUAUUUUUAAAGAUUUUUUUAAAUUCAAUACACAUCUCCUUGUACAGAAUGUUCGAGCUCUACAGUAUGCACAAAGUGUUCAAGCGGCUUUAAUCUUACUAACUCAGCUUGUGAGUGCGCUGAUGGGUACUUUUCGAACAGUACAGCUUGCGUGCAAUGCAGUUCACCUUGUUCUGAGUGCCAAACAAGUUCUACGAAUUGCACAAGCUGUGAGACUGGACACUAUCUAUCUGGUAAUAGCUGCAAUCAAUGCACAAGUCCUUGUUUAG